UCUUUUCCUCAAGUCUGUCAUUCCAAUCACAAAGCCUUAUGACAAAACCGUGCUCUGUGAAACACUGAACUGAUUUAGCAUGGGUCAGUUCUCUUGGCGCGAGCGCAGUGGCUGUUAGCUUCGGUUCCCCUGUUCAAACCGGCCUGCUGGAGAGAUUUUGUGGUCACUGCUCGAGGCGCCGUUGCCCUUCUCUGCUGGUCGCCUUAACCUCUUUUACUGAAGUAUACAAAGAGUCGAACAGAACCAACCUCCGGUUUCGCCAGGUUUGUGCUCAUGCAAACGACUGACAAAUCUGGCCCGCAAAUUGACGCUGGCGUGAGAGCGUAAGCGAGGGUUCUGAGUCCCAGAUCUCCUCUCGGUGGAAAAUCAAUCCCCUCUUAAGUGCCGUUUGAUGAAUGCACCACAUUUUGACGUCUCAAUCCAGACAAAAAAAAUAUCCUUUUCUGAUGCGCUCUUUUAAUGGCUUGCUUACCUGCUCACUCAGGCAUCUUCUGGACCGUAUUGUCAAAAUGCUUUUUCCACAAGGCUCCACCCGGGGGUCUGCCGGGCCCUGAGGUGAGUUCUCAUCGCAUUAUGUCAGACAGGCGUGGUAGUGCUUCGCCACGUGGGCUGCGGCCUUGGCAGGUUUUUGAGCCUCGACCUCUGCGUGCGUUUGUACAAAAACGCGAGGAAGUAGUUAGUCCGGUGCAUCUGUGUCACUGCGGGGGCUAGACUCUUGACUCAGAUUCUUGACAGAAAACGUAUUUGUUUUGAAUUUCCGCUUCCACAUUUCGGCCACGUGGAGUUGGACGUGAAGUCACAGCAAUUCAAACUUCCAAGUGUGUGUGUGUGUGUGUGUGUGUGUGUGGCCGACACCACCGAACCGUUGAUGGGAGGGGUCCCAAUGAGCCGGGAGGGCGCAGGUGUCUUGGCGGUCCCCGUCUGCAGCCAAGUGGUUCAGCCGUAUAGCACCACUGUGACUCAGUGUCUACCCACAGCCGGUGUUUACAACUCUUAUCAACAUGGGAGACGCAGGAUGUGGCUUAUCUCGCUGCUGUGUGUUUAUUUUGAGCAUUUUUCUUCAGGGGAAGUGAACUACUAACGGGACCCCGAGGCUGUACAGUCUGGGUAGACUGAGCUUGACUGGGCCACAGCACAUGGGAGCUGACAUAUAACGGAUCAUUAAGCCGCGUGUUGUAAAGAACCGAAAGGCGCAGACCUAACUGUUUUCCAUUCUCCCCGUUUCAGAUAAGACUUAGCUGGGCCCUGUUGAUGUUUCUAGGGGAAGAGGCUGUGAUAAAUGUAGUGUAUGUCGGGAGGAAGGACGGCUCUAACACAACAUCCCACCUCACUCAGGGCUCCAUGGCAAGUUGAGAGCUGCCCGAGGAGCCCACACCACCGUGACGCCCCACUGCCACUUUCCACAGCCUGAGGGGAACCGGGAAGCAGCCGGCAGGAGCCAUGCCUGCCCUGGCCACCAGAGCCGGCCACGAGCCAGGUCUGUACGAGCUGCUGGCGGCUCUGCCCUCCCAGCUGCAGCCCCAUGUCAGCCGCCCCGAGGACAACACCUUCCUCCAGGACAUGUUUGGGGAGAGAAGCCUCCACUCGCUGGUCAAGAUCCACGAACAGCUGCAGCUCUACGAAGAGAGCAAACCAGUCCCCGUCCUGGAGAGCGCUGCAGCUCUGGCCCAUGAACUGUCCGAGGAGCUGGAGGGGAAAUCCGCCAACGGGGAAAUCAAAGAGCUUCUCAAACUGCUGGCCUCCCCCCACGUGAAGAGCCUCCUGUCUGUCCACGACACUAUCGCCCAGAAGAGUUACGACCCCGAACUACCUCCGCUGCCUGAUGACAUCGACGACAACGAGGAUUCCGUGAAGAUCAUAAGACUGGUGAAAAACAAGGAACCUCUCGGAGCGACGAUAAGGCGUGACGAUCACACGGGGGCCAUCGUCGUGGCCCGCAUCAUGAGAGGAGGAGCAGCCGACAGAAGCGGGCUGAUUCACGUCGGGGAUGCGCUGAAGGAGGUCAAUGGAAUCCCUGUGGACGACAAGAAACCAGAGGAGAUCAUUCGUAUUCUGGCCCAUUCGCAAGGAGCCAUUACCUUCAAAGUGAUCCCCGGCGUCAAGGAGGAGGAGCCGACCACAGAGCCAAAGGUGUUCAUGAAGGCGCUCUUUGACUACGACCCUAAAGAGGACAAAGCCAUCCCAUGCAAGGAGGCCGGACUAGCCUUCAAGAGGGGCUCCGUCCUUCAGAUCAUGAGCCAGGACGAUGCGACCUGGUGGCAGGCCAAACACGAGGGGGAGGCCAAUCCCCGCGCCGGCCUAAUCCCAUCCAAGCAGUUCCAAGAGAGGAGAUUUGCACUGCGGCGACCUGUUGCGACUCUCCCGCUGCAGAGGACCUCUAGCCUUCGAUCAUACGAUGUGGCUGUAGAGUUUGAGGACGCUGACUAUAGUAGCGGAUUCCAGCUAGCUGGGUUCAGGAGGAGCUUCCGUCUGAGCAGAAGGGACAAGAAGACCAACAAGUCCAUGUACGAGUGCAAGAAGAGCGAUAUGUACGACAUGGCCGACGUGCCCACGUACGAGGAGGUCACCCCGCACCGCAGGCCAAGCGGAGACAAGCACAGGCUGGUGGUCCUAGUGGGACCCGCAGGCGUCGGCCUGAAUGAGCUCAAGAGGAAACUGUUGAUCUCAGACCCCCAGCACUUCAGUGUGACCAUCCCACACACCAGUCGGGCCAAGAAGAAACAGGAGAGCGACGGCGUUGAGUACCACUUCAUCUCCAAACAUCUCUUUGAGACGGAUAUCCACAAUAACAAGUUCAUCGACUACGGCGAGUACAAAGGGAACUACUACGGCACGAGUCUAGACUCCGUACGCUCCGUCCUCUCCAAGAACAAAGUGUGCCUGUUGGAUGUCCAGCCUCCUACCUUAAAGCUCCUGCGGACGGCGGAGUUUAAGCCCUUUGUCGUGCUGGUGAAGCCUCCAGCGCUCGAGAGACUGAGGGAGACCAGACAGAACGCCAAAAUCAUAUCGGGCAAGGACGACAAGGGGUCCGCCAGGGCUUUCACGGAGGAGGACUUCCAGGAGAUGAUGACCGCCGCCCAGACGUUGGAGGCCCAACACGGCCACCUGUUCGAGAAGGUCAUAGUGAACGAUGACCUCUCGGCGGCCUUCGGCGAGCUCCGGUUGGCGCUGAAGAAAGUGGAGACGGAGACCCAAUGGGUUCCGGUCAGCUGGACUCACUCCUGAGAUCCACACGGACUGUACGAGGAGAAAAGGGAAGGGCUUUGGCGAAAAUAUGCAGGUUUUUUGAAAAUCUUUCUAUGUCUGCUAGUGUUUGGGGGGGUGGGGAGAACGGGAAUAAAACUGCUGCGUCGCCAUACCUGAGCUGCACGGAGCUAAAAAAAAAAAGAGAGAAGCUUUUGCGUGAGAUCGGGCUGGAUUUAGACCUCUGUCGUAGUCUGGAUGCGGACCUCCAGGUCCGAGCAGAUCCGACAGGGGCCGAGGCUGAGGGGCGUCCGUCCAGAACGCGGUCCUUGGACAUCAAUCUGGGUCUCAGUCUGGGCCGCACAGCCAUGGCAACGGGGUCGGAGCUCCUCGGUCCAAAACCAGAACGUGGAACGAGCCUGGACCAUUGCCUCACCAGCGAGUCCUGCCAGCACAUCAGCAACCGCGCCAACCAGGACUCCAUCUUUAGUGUGUUUAUAACAUUAGGCCAUUAGAAACCAAAGGGAUUGACACAUUUCUUUCUUGUUGGACAACGUACAUGCAUAUGUCUGUAAAAGAACACUUAACGGGGGAGAGGGGGAGAGAGGAAAACAUAUUUGCCUUCUGUCUUACUGUAUUUCUGUACUUCUGUAAUGCUUCCAUAACUGUUACUCCAAACAAAGCAUCGUCUGGUACAGUCCCGAGAAAGGGCAGUAAGUGUAAUUUUAUUUAAGAGAAAUUAAUAUAUUUUCUAAUAUCCGCCUUUUAUACACGUAUCCUGACUCCUGAUCUCAACUGUAGCCACCGAUCUGACAGCUCCUCGCACCCGAGGCGUCUCGUCUUUCAGUCAAGACUAGUUUUCCCCCUACAAAGCACACAGAGAGCCAUUUUUAUUUAGGUGUUAUAUAUUCCAUUUAGGAGCAUUAUGAAAAAAGCCCUUCAAACGAAGGUGCCCAACAUAACAGCUUUGCCAUUUAAUGUCUCAGAACUGGACACUUUUUGGCAGCCUGCUAGAAGAAAAUGUUCACAAUUGUGUUUUAUUAGGGUGGAGUCUUUAUUUUUAUUCACAUGGCUGCAGCGAGGCUGCUAAUAGAAGGUCUGCAGCACACGUCCAGGGUUCUAACUCAGAGAAAUGCUAAGUAGCUGCCCUGGACUUUAUGAGCAUGAGAAGUUUAUUGCUAAUUUGAGUCCUAUUCCCGGUCUGACUGACUUACUUUUUUUUUUUUUUUUUUUUUUACUUCUAACUGAUUUUCACAGCAGCCAGUUAUUAAUCCUGGCUGUAUUAUUAUUAUUAUUACUGUCACUAACAAUGGUACAGCCCCCUGGUAGCUUCUCCUUUCUUUGCUGAUGAAUGAUGAAGAGCAAUAUUUGACACUUUAAAGGAAUAGUUUGCCACCUUACUUAUAGUGAGACGAGAAGGUCGACGCCACUUUCAUGCAUAUAAUAUUAUUGAUGAACCUUGAGGCGAUUAGCUUAGCCUAGUUUAGCUUAGCAUAAAGACUGGAAACAGGGGUCAACUGCUAGCCUGGCUCCGUCCAAAGAUCGGAAAUAUGCAGCAGCUCUAAAGUUGUGGUUUUAUGAACUUGUGUUUUCACUCCGUGAACAAUUUAUUUAUUAAUUUGUAAGCUUUAAAGGAGCUGCUACACGUAUAUUUUUUAAACUGUGGCGAGAGCCAGAGUGGUUGUCUCCCCAUGCGUUGUGUUUAUGCUAAGCUAAGCUAAUUAUCUUCUGCCUCUGGCUCCAUACAUAGAGUACAGCCAUGAGAGUGGUAUCGAUUACUAACCCUUGGCAAAAAAACAACAAUAAGCAUAUUUUCACAAAGUCAAACUGUUUCCCAAACGAUGUAUUUUGACCAUUUGGUUUUUAUACUGUGCGAAUGAAUUUCCUCUCAUACACUAGCUUUAUGUCCAGCUCAGGUUAUACUGCCCAAAUUUCUUUAUGUUCGUUUAUUCUACCUUUUCCACCCACUGUAAUAUUUAUACAUUUGAUUUAUGUCCAUUUUUAAAAAAAGGGUAAUAUGAGUGUUCAGUAAUGACACAUUUUAAAGGGACUUUAACGCCCCGAGUCUUUUAUUCAUUUUAGUGUCACAUUAAAUCCCCUCUUUAUAUAUUAUUUCACUCGUUCACUUGUUCAUAUUUCACCCCUCUGUCAUCUACUUUAUCGAUCAGAAUCAGAUUUGUACAGUCUCCAGAAAAUAUUUUGAAUUUCCUGCUGUAAAUGAAAUGCUGUUGUAUGAAUUGACAUUAUUCUUGAUAACUGCUACAUUUUAUAUUAAAGAAAAUCCAACUAAA